CGCCCAUAGGAUGGCACAGGGAAGGGUAACGCCCAAGCAGCAUCGGAUUGGCUGGUUGAGGAGAAAAAUAUCCAUGGUACGAAAUCGUCCUACUGGAUUGUUCUCACAGAGAGAAAAAACCUGCUAAAAACUACAACCCCCAGCUUUGCAACAGAUGUAUUUGGGGGAACUUGAAGCAAUGGAUGGCGACUCGGAAGCCCCCUCUGGGCGAAUUCUUCUGGAACCGUACAAGUACUUGUUGCAAUUACCAGGAAAGCAGGUGAGGACAAAACUCUCCCAAGCAUUUAACCACUGGCUCAAUGUUCCAGAGGACAAACUGCAGGUGAUCAUCCAGGUGACUGAGAUGCUGCACAACGCCAGCUUGCUCAUAGACGACAUCGAGGACAGCUCCAAGCUGCGGCGAGGCUUCCCUGUGGCCCACAGCAUCUAUGGCAUUCCCUCCGUUAUCAACUCGGCCAACUACGUCUACUUCCUGGGGUUGGAGAAAGUGCUGACCCUGGAGCACCCUGAGGCUGUCCGAGUGUUUACCCGGCAACUGCUGGAGCUACACCGUGGUCAGGGUCUGGACAUCCACUGGAGGGACACCUACACCUGUCCCACUGAGCAGGAGUACCGCAACAUGGUGCUACAGAAAACUGGAGGGCUCUUUGGUCUGGCUGUGGGCCUAAUGCAGCUCUUCUCAGAUUGGAAACAGGACCUGAAACCCCUUCUGGACACACUGGGUCUCUUCUUCCAGAUCCGUGACGACUACGCGAACCUGAGCUCUCGUGAGUACAGCGAGAACAAGAGCUUCUGCGAGGACCUGACUGAGGGAAAGUUCUCUUUCCCCACCAUUCACGCCAUAUGGUCGCGUCCAGAGAGCACUCAGGUGCAGAACAUCCUGAGGCAGCGCACAGAGAACAUGGACAUCAAACGAUACUGUGUGGACUACCUGGAGAAGGUCGGCUCGUUUGCCUACACCCGUCAGACUCUGCGAGACCUGGAGGAGGAGGUCUACCGUCUCAUCGGGGAGUUUGGGGGAAACCCUCAACUGGAGAGCCUCGUCAAACACCUCAGCCAAAUGCAUCGUGAGGCUGAAGCCGCAGCAGAGUCCAGUACUGAGCCACACUCCAACCAAAACCACUGACCUCAUCCACCAUAACUAACAUACUAGCCCUGCACACUCCACUAGCACAGAAGCUUUGCUAAUACACUGAUGCAGAUAUUACCAAAAGCUCAACACACAUACCGGUAUGUUACAUUCACAAACUAUUCAAUGAGUUACAAUUCAUCAUUAAACUUGAGAAUUCUGGUAGCCAGCUCUGACUGCAUUAAGCAGCCAUGUACGAGCCAGCAAAGCAGCCCCAAAUGUUGCCUUUGUUUUGUGUGCUGAAUGGCAUCCUUCAUGUAACAAAAUACACAUCACCAAUUUUUGUGUCCAAUUGUAGCUGUGCAGUCAAUGGAAUAAAAAAAAAAAAAUCUUGGUUUUAUGUUAUAAACAACAAGAUGGCAAUACUCAAAAGCCUUCCUUUUGAUGUGCACUACAGUGCAUAUACAUGUAUUUUUUUUAUUUUAGCCUCUAAAUGAAAAUGGUUUAUCUAGAGCAGAGUGAAUGCUGGGUGUGUUUUUUCUAAAGUCCCUGUUUAAAUAAGAUGUCUUGAGUGUAUGACGUGUGAUUUGGGGAUCCUUAAUUAUUAACCCGCCAGAGUGCCAAUCCUGCAGAAAAGACCUCUGCAACUCAAUUGUCUACUUGUUAUAUAACAUGCUGGCAUUGUAUGCAAAGUAGUGCUCAUGCUUUUUAUGCAUCUUUAUAUAAAAACAUUGUUGAUGUUUUGGUUUAUUGCAGACUGUGUUUCCAUCUAGUUCAGAUUUACAUUUCAAAAUUUAUUAGGGUGAUUCAGUUAUAUUUGUAAGUAGACACUGUGCUGCAGUUAAGAACAUCUUUGCAUCUAUUGAAUAAAAAAAGAGAACCUGUGG